CUGAAUUAUUUGUGAAAUUUAGUAAUAAUUUCUGAUUUUAAAAACAAAAGUGCAGUGCAUAAAUUUUUGAUCGUGAUUUCGUUUAAAUUACGUACGGAGAAUUAUAGAAUUAUUGAAGAAAAAAGAAUUUCAUUCCAUAUUCACAAUACGUCUGACAAAAAUCUUAUUUGAUUUUUAAUCCAUAAUGUUUAUAUCUAAAAGAUUGUUAAAAGGAACAGCGAUUGGAAUAAUUGGAUUGGGUACGCUGGCAUCUUUAAGAGCAAAUGAAUAUGAUUUAGGAUCUAUAGGUAUUGUACGAUUAGGACGUGCCGCAAUUACUGUUUUCAUAAUUGGGAGACAUUAUAAAAAUGAACUAUAUGGUAGUAACCUAAACUCAAAUACUCAAGAAUAUUUAGAGUUAAAGUCAAAAGUACAUAAAUAUGGAGCAGAAAAGCUUCUGGAACUUUGCUGUGCCAAUAAAGGUGUUUAUAUAAAAGUAGGCCAACAUAUCGGUGCAUUAGAUUAUUUAUUACCAUCAGAAUAUGUUCAUACCAUGCGAGUAUUGCACAGUUCUGCACCGCAAUCAACAUUUAAAGAUGUACUCACUGUAAUUAAGGAAGAUUUUAAGAAAGAUCCAUAUGAAAUAUUUGAGAGUAUUGACUCCAAACCUUUGGGUACUGCCAGUUUAGCACAAGUUCACAAAGCUGUACUAAAAAAUGGUGAUGUUGUUGCUGUUAAAAUUCAACAUCGAGCAGUUAAAACUAACUCUUAUGUAGAUAUUAAAACCAUGUCAGCUUUAGUAAAAAUAACAUCAUUAAUAUUUCCAGAUUUUAAAUUUGAUUGGCUUGUAGAUGAAACUAAAAAGAAUAUUCCCAAAGAAUUAGAUUUCACUCAAGAAGGAAAAAAUGCAGAAAAAGUUCAAAAUAUAUUUUCACACUAUCACUGGUUAAAAAUACCAAGAAUAUAUUGGGAAAUUUCAUCAUCACGGGUUUUAACAAUGGAAUUUAUUGAAGCAGGUCAAAUUAAUGACCUGAAAUACAUUCAAGACAAUAAUUUAAAUCCCUAUGAAGUUAGCAGUAAAUUAGGCCGACUUUAUAGCCAUAUGAUAUUUAUUGUUGGUUUUGUACACUCUGAUCCACAUCCUGGUAAUGUUUUAGUCAGAAAUAAAAAUAAUGAAGCAGAAAUCAUACUAUUAGAUCAUGGAUUAUAUGCCAAUCUUUCUGAUAAAUUUCGAUGGGAAUAUUCCAAACUCUGGUUAGCAAUAUUAGAUGGUAAUAAAGCUGCAAUGCAAACACACUGUGCAAAUUUAGGUGUUGCAGAUAUGUAUGGAUUGUUGGCUUGCAUGGUAUCAGGAAGAUCUUGGAACACUAUUAUGACUGGUGUACAGAAAACUAAAUAUGAUUCGCUAGAAAAACAAGAAUUUCAAAGAGAAAUACCAAACUUAUUACCUCAAAUUAGUCAUGUGUUAGAGAAGGUGAAUCGACAGAUGCUAUUAAUUCUUAAAACAAACGAUCUUAUGCGUUGUAUUGAAUAUUCUUUACAUACGGAAUCUAGAAUGUCCGGAAUGAUGGAAAUGUCAAAAUGUUGUAUACUUUCAGUAUACGGAGAAAAACUAAAAUCUUGUACCACUAGAUGGGCAAAAUGGAAAGUUUCUGUAUUUAAACAAUGGGCACUUUUUAAAUGGACAAUGUAUUACUUUUAUUUAGGGAUAUUAAAUUUCAAUAUAAAGGAUUCUGUAGAUUCAUUCAUGAAAAAUGAGUUUUAUGCGCUUUAACAAUACAUUACUUUUAGGAGAAAUAAAACAUAUUUCUUUAAAUUAAAUGAGUAAUCAUUGGAAUCGUAUAAUUAAAGAUUUUGUAGGUAAAAUUAA